GAUGACGGAGCUAAUAUAAGGCUCGUCGAUCAGGAGCGAUCGGGUUCACAGCAUUGUUUCGACUUCUUUCGUGUCCGAUACCAUGAUCGCGAGUGCUGCACAUCUCCUCUGUCUUCAAUCACUGACCCCGGCAAGAAGCAGCCUCAUCAACGUACUCCCCUCCUCGCGCUGGUGUAAACACCCUUAUCCCUGCCUGUCGUCCGUAAACAACACCACCUUCUGUAUCUUACCGCCGAGGCGAGUCGCAACUGAGGACCCAUACAUCGACCUAAUUGGCGAAUUUCGCCGUUCGUCCGCCUUGUUGCAAUUAUUGCUGACAAAAUUACACUGUAUCUUCUUGCUUCAACACUCACACGUUGGUGGAGUGGUAUAGCCUUUGUGAUGAUGAGUACCUCAACACCAGGAAGAUUGGUUUUGUGUGUCGGGUUUUGUGAGAAGUUGUGAAUUUUUUUCUAUGCGCUGUGUUAUAUCUGUUGACUGUACGUGG